UCAAACAAACGCCGAGAGCAAUAACAACAUCAAACACAUCAGAAAGCCAACGAGCGAACACACAGCAACACACAGCAACGCACAAUGCAGGGAUAUACGAGAUUGUUAACUUUGGCGCUGCCGCUGUUGAUGCUAGCGGGUGCAGUCACGUGUGCUGGACCUAAAUCCAGUMAGACGGCGAACGUCGCCAAAGGCAGCGACGAGAAUGACGGUUCCUAUGUGGCGGAUUUAAGUGGAAGUUAUGUGGCUGACAGUUCGGGACAGUAUGUGGAAGACAAUGCAGGUGCUUAUCAUCCAAACAGCGCGGAGGGGAAGUGGGUGCCCGAUAGCCUGGGUGUUUAUCAUGACGACCUCAUGUGGCGCUACGUACCGGAUGCUAGCGGUGCCUGGGCGCCCGACAAUAGUGGCAGUUAUGAUCCGGCGCUGGAGAUGAAAGGGGUCUAUCAUGCGGACGGGUCCGGCGUUUACAAGGUAGAUAAUAGCGGGGCGUAUUCGAAGGAAUAUGAGAAAAUCGCUGGCCAUUAAAAAUAAGUCGAAUUGGUCUGCCUUUCUUGGGGAAGUCUUCAAACACCAAUGAUGAUCCACAACUGCCUUUAGAAAAUAUUCAAAUGUUGCAUGUAAAAUCUAACAUUAAUAAAAUUUUGUAUAUACAUAUAA